AUGGCGUCUACUUCAGUUCCUAGUGGUGAGUCCCAGUCAUCUUUAAUUCCCUUCUUUGAUGGUGAAGAUUAUGACUACUGGAAGAUAAAAAUGAAGACUAUUCUACGGGCUGAAGGCUUGUGGAAUAUCGUGGAGAAAGGCUUUGCAGAACCUGCUGACGAGGCUAGCUUGACAGAAGCAGAAUCAAAGAAAAUUGAAGCAUUUCGUCGCCAAGAUGCCACAGCACUAAGCAAGCUUCAGAUGGGUGUCACAAAACUAAUUUUUUCAAGGAUUUCAAGGGCAAAUACGGCAAAAGAAGCAUGGGAAAUCCUCGAGACUGAAUUUCAUGGAGAUGAGAAGGUGAGAAGUAUCAAUCUUCAAGCUCUUAAAAAAGAUUUUCAGAAUCUAAAAAUGAAGGAUUCUGAAAAUAUUCAAGGUUAUCAUGCUCGAGUAAUGGAAAUUGUGAACCAAAUGAGAACUUAUGAUGAUGACAUAUCUGACCAACAUGUUGUGGAGAAAAUCUUUAUCAGUUUGACGGACAAGUAUGAAAAUAUUGUUGCUGUUAUUGAAGAAACUAAAGAUCUCAACAAGUUAUCAUUAAAAGAAUUGAUGGGUUCUCUCCAAGCACAUGAAAAGAGAAGAUUUAAACAAACGGAGCAAACAGAGAAUGCAUUUCAGUCAAAGACAAAGGUGAAGGCGCAACCAUUUACAAGGAAGGGUGGUUACAAUCAGGAGCAGAAAAAGGCUGAUUGGAGUAAAAAGAAUGAAUAUUUUAACAGCAACAAGAAGGUGAGAAUGGGAAAUGGGACAGUAGCUGAAGCCAAAGGCAAAGGCACAAUUGCUGUCAAAACAAAAUCAGGUGUAAAAUAUAUUCGUGAUGUUCUUCUUGUUCCAGAUUUGAAGGAAAAUUUGUUAAGUGUUGGAUAG